GCGCAGUCAAAGUUUGGCAGUUGCCAUUUGAACUCAUUCGGACCCUUUACCGCCCUCCAGGGAGUCAAUCAUCCCAGGAUGCCCACGUUAGCAGAGUUACGCAGCAGGGCUGUAAAGGUCAAGGAUGCCGGCGUGAGCUCGCUCUCGAACACCAAGGAUCGCAUGUCCAGCCAGCCCAGCAAGAACAUAAACUGGAACGCGGAUGUCAAGGCUAAGCCGCCGCCUCCCCCCGCGCCUUUGGCGAAACCGGUGUACAAGCCUCCCCCGCCUCCUUCGAGGACCGGUUCGUCUGCGAGCAGCGCCCCCGGUAUAGUGAACAAACCUCCUGUGCCUGUGCGUAAAUUUGGCGUAUCCGCCAACCCUACUCUUGCCCGCUCGAUCAGCAAUGUGAGCCAGGAGAACGGGGUCAACCCAGGUCCUCCCCCUCGACCGCCACCAAGGUCGUUCAACAGCAAUGCAAGCAGUGUAUCUCCCAGUCCAUCCCCGUCAAUAUCGGGAGGACUUGCGCCGGGACCGCCUCCUCUCAUUCGCCGGGAAACACGUCCGGACCAGCCCUCUCCCCCUCCCCGGAGCUUUGCGCCUCCACCGCCCGUACGAAAGGCCCAGUCCGAGGAGGCUGGUAUCAACAAGAUCGACUGGGCGAAUUUGUCACCGGAAGACAAGCAGGCGUUCUUUGGCUGGCUGGAUGAGUUCUUCUCGCGGUAUCUGGGCAAGCCUAUCCCGCCGCGGACCACAACGGACAGUGUAGAGCAGAUUAGCGGCGGACAACUUCCUCCUCCCAAGUUGCCCGUAGCCUCUCGUCCGAUGGCGCCUCCACGACCGUCUGCAAUGUCGUCCCAAGCCUCUAUUGCCGCUAAUGAAGGCCUCAUGUCCUACCCUCCCCCAUCCGAACACGCCUCCCUCGCGGAAGAUCUCGCGCACUACUUUCUGCCCUCCACGCACUGGACCUCCACCUGGUACACCUCCGACUCCGACCUGCUCGCCCCACCCAUCCGUGGCAAUGACCAGCUUACGUGGACAGCCUCCUGGUCCUCCGAUGGGCGCACCAAGACAUUGUUCGCCGGCGUGGUCUUCGCGGACCUCAGUAUGUGCUUCUACACCGUCGCCUGGCCACAGAACCUCCCGCCUUCGCACGACCCGAACGACCCGCGCACCGUUGUACGCACCGCGCGCUUCCUCCCGCGGCCCAAACCCUGGGACCACGCGGCGUUGCUCGACGCGCACGAGACCUAUGGCGAGACCGUCGCGGGAUACGCGGAGAGCUUCGAAGGCACGAACCAGCCAUGUGCGCGCGGCGAGUGCUGGGACCUCGCGAACGAGGCGCUCAAGAGCUUCGCGCAGUACGACUGGGUGCCCGCGCCCGUGCCCAGCAUCUCGCGCACGCACGGGCACUUGAUGUACGAGGGCACGGCGGCGGAGAAGGGGCGCGUGCAGGCGGGGCGCUGGCGCGGGGGCGACGACCGCGUGCGGCGGGGCGACAUCGUGGAGUGGCGGACGGCGCGCGUGGGCAAGGGUGCGUAUUCGUGGGCGAUGCUGGGGAAUCCGGACCAUACGGCGGUGAUCGUGAGCGAGAUGGUGCCGCGCGCGGCGGUGAGGGACGGGCUGGCGGUGGCGCCGAGGGAGAUGGGUACGUUGGAGGUGAUUGAGCAGAGUCUGGGGAAGCCACCGGCGUGGGCGACGUAUGAUCUGUCGAACUUGGAGGAAGGCGAGGUUUGGAUAUACCGCCCGGUGGGCAUGGAGGCGUACGUAGGUUGUCUGUUAGCGGCGCAGUGCCCUGAGGGUGUCAACGCCGUGAGUCUGUAAUCUGCGGACUGUGUGGCAAUCUUACUGCAGGGUCGCUUCACUCCCAUCACGUUGAACGAAAGCACACGGUGAGGCAAGAAGGCCGACAGCGGUAGCGGUGACGGGGACGACGACGACGAGUGAACAAUACUCCUGCACUCGUGUAUAUGCGCUCCUUUUGCCCCGUCGCUCCGUUCUGUCCCCCGGUUCCCUACUGUUAUCCUGUGUGUAUGGCUGCUAGAUACUUCGCGCCUCCGUCUCGUCUC